AUGAGAGAAGAUAAGCACCGUGACGUCAGCAAACAGGGCUGGGAGAGAAGCCCCCAGGAGUUUCACAUCCACCAAGGACACAAUUGCAAGCGACUGCUGGGGAGAAACAAGCCAUGGGAAGGAGCUCACUCCUCGCCGCGCCCCUCCUCCUUGCCGCCGCUGCGCUCUGCUGUUGCGGCGGCCGUCGAUGCGGCCGUAGACUCAUGCAACGUGAUCCGCGACUUCGUGGACUUCGCUUUCUGCGCGUCGCGGCUGCGGCCCGUACCGUGGGGCGCAUCCGCAGACCGGCGUGGCCACCUCCUCAUCGAGGCGGACCUGGUCGCGGCGAGCGGGGCAUCCUCGCGGUACACCGUGACGGCGAUGGUGCGGGAUGAGCGCGACGCGCUGGAGGCAUGCGGGAACCUGUACGGGUCCGCAUCGGUGCCGGCCCUGCGCCUCAUGCGCUGGUACGCGGUGGAGCAGAGCUGGGGCGCCGCACGCUCGCUGCUGCCGCUCACGGGGCAGGCCGGGAUCAGGUGCGAGGUGGCGCUCAGGGGUGCCGCGAGAAGGAUGGCCAGGGCCAACCGCGAGUUCGACCAGCUCAUCACCAUGGUCACCGUGCUGCUCAUGAACAAUGCCAAUGUUUGGGUGCUAUAUAUUGUGCAAAUAUAUGGGAUCAUCCUGAUUAAUGUGCUGUGA